AGAGGAGAAAAAGACAUAGAUAAACACUUUUUGAUUUACUCUUUAAUUAAUAUCACACUUCUUCUAGUUGGUGCUUUGAUUUGGAAAGGAAAACGAGAAACGGCAAGGAACUCGGAGAUUAUUUUUUCUUUUAUAUAUGUGAAGCAGAGAUGGUGGCAGCUCUGGCUCCUCAAAGCUGAUCACAUGACCAAGGAUAACAAACAAAACCCUAAUUUUUGUUGUGGGAAGCUCAUGUUGUUGUGCAUGUAAUUUAAUCGAUGAACAGCCGUAGGAUCGAAGGAAUAUCAUCGAUCAUCAACGCGGGGGCGGUGUAGAUGCUUGUCUCCGGAGUAUCGUGGGAUCUGAAUUGGUUCCUGCAAUUAAUAUUCUCGGCUUUUGUCGUAGCUGUUGGAUUGCAUACAUUGGUCAAGAAGACGGCCUCGAAGUACUUUGAGGUCGACGCCAAUUUCGAGGGGGAGCGACCCACUGAUCCAAUUCCAAUGCCGGGCACUCUCAAGGACGAUCCUGUUUGUGUUGUCUGCGGCAACUCUGGCACUAAAAAGUGCUCGCGCUGUAAAGCCGUAAGAUACUGCUCACAGACAUGCCAACAGUCACACUGGAACUCUGGGCAUAAGUCGAAAUGCAAGGAUGUUCAUUUAUCCAGUGGAAAUAAUUCGACUCAAGCUGGCGCAACUAAUCGUAGGUCUAAAGCGUCUGCGGCUGGGGGUAAAAAUUUAUCUUCGAUAGCAUUGGUACCUGCUUCCGGCACUUCCAGUUCCAGGCCUAUCAAGCAUCCCAAAAGUGUUCUUUUUCCGUAUGAUGAAUUUGUUAAAUUUUUUAACUGGGACAAACCGGGAUUUCCUCCUUGCGGAUUGUUGAAUUGUGGAAAUAGCUGCUUUGCUAAUGUGGUUCUCCAAUGUCUCUCAUUCACAAAGCCACUCGUUGCCUACUUGAUGGAAAAAGGCCACCGCCAAGAAUGCAGUUUUAAUGGUUGGUGCUUUCUAUGCGAGUUUCAAGCCCACCUUGAACGAGUAAGGCAAAGUUCACAGGCUUUUUCUCCAAUGCAUAUACUUUCUGGCUUGCAUAAUAUUGGUGGCGAUUUUGUUAUGGAAGCCAAGAGGAUGCUCAUGAGAAUUGGGGGAGAAAGAGCUGUACCUUCUAACGUUCAAGAGACAACCCUAAUUCAGCACAUUUUUGGUGGUCACCUUCAAUCUCAGGUUAUUUGCACACAGUGUGAUAAGGUUUCGAAUCAGUAUGAAAAUAUGAUGGACUUAACAGUUGAAAUUCACGGUGAUGCUGCCUCCCUGGAGGAAUGUUUAGACCAGUUUACUGUCAAGGAGUGGCUUCAUGGGGAAAACAUGUAUAAAUGCGAUGGGCUAGCCACUCUCUCUUUGUUAACUCAAAAGGGGGUUCUCUACUGGGAAAAGGUUGCAGUGAACUGUGAACCAUUGAUAAUUACUGCUUCCUUGGACAACUCAGUAGUUUUGGGAAGAUGGAAACGUCUAACAGUGAAAAGUGCUCCAAAUAUUCUCACAAUUGCCUUGAAAAGAUUUCAGAGUGGGAGAUUUGGAAAACUCAACAAGAGAAUAACCUUCCCCGAGACUUUAAACCUCAGUCCCUACAUGAGUGAAGCAGGAGAUGGAUCUGAUGUCUAUAAGCUAUAUGCUGUUGAGUUCAUCUUGAUAUGCUGA